AAUUGUGGAAACUUGAUGAGUGCAUCCUGCCCUGUCGUGUGCUGCUGCUGAGUUCGUGUCCAUGUUGAAAGAGAGAACUGGGUACCCCAUAGUGGAGCCUGCUCAUAUGGAGUUGGCGGAACCAUCAAUUCAUGUUGCAUUCAAUUCCUGUGUUCUACAAGGGGCCAAUCGGGUAAUUGUGAGCCCAUUUUUCCUCUUACCUGGAAGACAUUUGAACCAGGAUAUUCCAUCCCUGACAGCUGAAGCUGCAAAGGAGCAUCCUGGUGUCUCAUAUAUAGUAACGACACCUCUUGGCCUCCAUCCGCUACUCGUGAUGCUAGAACCAGUUGUCGCUAUCAGCCAGUUAAAAUCUCAGCUAAAGAGAAGAAAGUGUCUAUCGUCUUCAAAAGGUACAUUAUCUGACAUUGAUGCAAGGAAUGCUCACGCUAAGAGACCAAAGAGAUCUUCUUCAUUCUCUUCAACCAGUCUCCCUGCACUUUCCAUUCCUACCAAUCUCGAGUCUAGCAAAGAGCUAGGGCACAUGGAACAGCAGCUUGAAAAACUUCUUGAUACUGUGAUGGCUUCGUGCAGAAAUGCUCCAACAAUAGGAACGCAGCUUGUACAAAUUCCUCUGAUGAAAUUCAUGUGGGUCUUGAAAAAGAGAGUAAUGUAACACUUUGGAGAUUGUAUUAUUAUGUUGAAGCAGUUGAGAAGGCUAGAAAGCUAGCCAAGUAGCUUAAUCUGAAAAAUGCUCUAAUACGCCUAUAUGAAACCAACGGAAGUUCGCUGUACCGGGGAUGAAAUUUUCUUUUGCUUAACGAAGAUAGUGGUCUAGUCAUCAGUAGUACCCAAAAAGGAAAAAAGGGAGAUAGCAGUCAUCAGGUUUUCUUUCUCACUGGUUCAACAAGUAAUUUCUGCCCCAUCUGCUCACUUCGAUUUUUUAUGCAGAAAUCUUCCACUAGACCACAGAAUUUUGGUAAAAAUACACAAAAUUGAGUAUCUAAUCUUGACCAGUAAAUUUGAUGAUUUUGGCCAUUAUGGUCCAAAAGUGCAAUAUUUUUGGAGCACCUCAAGAGUGAUGGAUUUAAGACGGGAUUUGU